UCAAAUAUGAUACACAAAGAUCUGAUUAUCCUACUCAUCAAGGUCCAAUAUCAUCUUCUCGGAUAGAUUACGUUUGGUCUUCAGUUGAUGUCAUCUCAAACUUCAUAGGUUGUGAAACUGUUCAGCUUGCAUCUACUCUAACUGAUCACUAUAUUGUCAUUCUGUAUAUCGAAAACUUCUUGGAUGUUAAAAAUAAUAAGAGAAAUAUUCCUUUGAAAAAGAUCUAUGACUAUGACAAAAUGACUGAAGAUAAUUG